AUGAAAGUAUAUGUGCCUCCGACAUCUGAAGAGCUCACCGUGGGCUCCAAUGCCUUCAAGGCACGUGUGGCUCAGGUUCGGCCAAUUCUGGGGGACCGCUUGAUUGAGGUGCCCCAAGCAGUUGAGAUGAUCAAGAAGGGGGCGGCCUUUGUCGAUGUCCGGACGCGGGAACAAAUCCAGAGCCAGACCAAUGGGCAGAUUCCUGCUGAUGCUACAGUGAUCCCCUUUGAUGACUGGGUUGGUGGGAUUCCACCAGUCUUUCGAGGGAAGAAGAUCAUUUUGACUUGUUGGAAGGGAAACAAGAGCACCUUGGCCUGGGAAUCUUUGCGUUCUCAAUUCGCAGAUGCUUAUGUGCUGAAAGGUGGGUUCAAUGCUUGGGAAGCUGAUGGACUUCCCAUCAAAACGAUUUGA